AUGGCCAUCGCUCGGCCCGUCCGGGUGCUGACGCUCGCAGCCGUCGUGCUGUGGUGCGUCUUCCUCUGGCAGAUCUUCAAGCCUUCAGUGCCCGUAACCAAACCCGGUGCCGGCCUCGAGUCGAGCGAGAGGGAUCCCAAUCUUGACCGCGAUGGGUAUAAGCCCGGAAUCGAGAACUCGGACCGCAUCAACGCCACCAUACUGUCGCUAGUGAGGAACGAGGAGCUCGAUGGCAUUCUACAGGCGAUGAAGGAUCUGGAGCGCACAUGGAAUCACAAGUUCAACUACCCUUGGACCUUCUUCAACGAUGUCCCCUUCACCGAGGAGUUCAAGAAGAAGACGAGCGAGGUCACCAAGGCCGAAUGCAGAUACGAGUUGAUUCCGAAGGAGCACUGGGAGGUACCCUCGUGGAUCAACAUGGACCUCUUCAAAGAAUCGGUCCAGAUUCUCAAGGAAAACGACAUCCAAUAUGCCGACAAGGUCUCCUACCACCAGAUGUGCAGGUGGAACAGCGGUCUGUUUUACAAGCACCCUGCGUUGAAGGACGUUCAGUACUACUGGCGAGUCGAGCCCAACGUCCACUUCUUCUGCGAUGUCGACUACGAUGUGUUCCGCUACAUGCAGGACAACAACAAGACGUACGGUUUCACCAUCAACCUCUACGACGCCCCGAAAUCGAUUCCGACCCUGUGGCCCGAGACGGUCAAGUUCCUGGCCGCCCAUCCCGAGUAUCUUCACGACAACAACGCCCAGAACUGGGUUACCGACAGGAUACGACGACCCAACCACAAUCAGCUGGCCAAUGGGUACUCGACCUGCCACUUCUGGAGCAACUUUGAAGUUGGCGACAUGGGCUUCUGGCGAAGCCAAGCAUACGAGGACUACUUCCAGCACCUGGACCGCGCGGGCGGUUUCUUCUAUGAAAGAUGGGGCGAUGCUCCCGUCCAUAGCAUUGCUCUUGGUCUGUUUGAGGACAAGAGCAGGAUUCACUGUCCCGUGCUCAGGUUCCGAGAUAUCGGCUACCAGCACAUCCCCUUCUUCAACUGCCCCAACUCAGGGAAGUGCAAGGGCUGUGUGACAGGCCGCUUUACCGACGGCGAGGCCUGGCUCAAUAAGGAAGACUGCAGGCCCAACUGGUUCAAAGCCAUAGACCGUGACCACCCCCGACGACCCGCCGACGCAAAACUGGUCCCCCCAUCCGCGCUCCCUCCAGGCAAGGCAGCUGAUGACGUUUCUGCGCUCCUUCUCCCUGCCGUCCCUGCCCACGACCCUCUUGCGCGCCGCCUCGCUGCCCGCCGGGCCCCAGGGGACCGAGAUCCUGGCCACGAGCUUGCCCGACAGCACGUCCCACGCCCACACCCUGCCGGCCCCGGUCCCGUCUUCCCCCUUCUCGUCGCCGGCCACGACCCAGCGCUCCCCGCCGCCAAACACGCUCUGCACGCGGAGCUCCUCGUUGCGCCACGUCUCGUGAUCGUCGCCGCCGUUCCCGCCGCCGUAGGCCUUGAGGCACGCCCCGCUCUCGCGGUCCAUGAGCCGCACCCGGCUGUCGAGCGAGCCGACGAGCACCGACUUGCCGUCGCGCGCGAGGCCCAGGCUCGUCACGCUCGCGCCCACGACGUCGGUCGUCACCCGCCCCGCGCGGACGUCGUACGCGCGCACGCGCCCGUCGACGCUGCCGGCCAGGACCUCGGCGCCCCGGACGGCGAGGCAGCUGACGCUGUCGCGCGCCUCGGGCAGCGUCUGCACGGGCUUGGCGCCGCCGCCGCCGGCGCGGCAGUCCCAGAGGCGCACCGUCGUGUCGAAGCCGCCGCUCGCGAGCAGCGCGUCGCCCUCGCCGGCGAAGGCGACGCAGUUGACCCGCCCCGCGUGGGACUGGGGCCCGCCGCCGAAGCGCCGGAUCGUGGUGGCGGUCGCGACGUCCCAGAGGAAGACGAGGCGGUCGCCGCCCGCCGAGGCGAAGCGCGCGUUGUCGCCGGCCACGUCGAUGGAGAGCACCUCGUAGCCGUGGGCGGCGUAGGUCUGGAUGAGGCGGCCCUCUGGCACGGCAGCCGCCGCCGCCGGUGUGCCGCCGAGUUUGUUACUGAUGUUGUUGUUGCUGCUGUUGUUUGCUGCGGGGUGUACAGCCGUGGUGGGCUGGGGGUUGUAGAGCCGGAUGGAGCGGUCGGCGGAGCCGGCGAGGAUGUAGGUCCCCGGCGAGGCCGAGUAUGCGACUGCGUGGAUGGCUCCGUUGGCGCCCAGCAGCUGCGCCACGGGCUUGUCAGGGAAAGCCAUUCUUUCUCUGAUAUCGAGGACUACCGCAAAUUUCUCCCUCCCGGUCAUCACAACACAGUGAGGAUCACACGUCGCGGGCACGAUCACACAUUACAAAAUAGAUUCAAGAUGAGUAAGCGUUUUGCGCAAGAGACAGAGAUGAAUGAUGAUGCUUGA